UGAUUCAAAUAUGAUCACGUGUGAAGUGCAUAGAGUCAUAUCAUAAACCUACGUAUUUUUCUGUUGGACGUUCAAACAGUCUGUGACGAUAAAAACUUCUGACAAGGCUUGAAGCAUUUCUGCCUGUAAAUAACAGCAUAGUGUUUAAUUCAGGAAGAUUUUCGUUUGCAGCCUGAUUUUUGUUCGUGAAUAAUGUAUACAUUGGAAAUCGAAAAACUUUCCAUGAGCAAUUUUCAAGCUGCUACUGCCAUCACCUGCUAGCUGCAUAUCCUAAACAAACACGGCAAAGCUGAAGGUUGCUUUGUUGCUUUGUAGCUCGAUCAUUAGACAUAAUUUGGUGCGGAUAGUUGUCAUAACGAAACAUUUGUCAAUUCAUAACUGUGGGAAAACAACUAUUGCUUAAAUGUCGAUUGUAUUCAUAACCAAGAUGCACAUAUACAUAAAGGAUUCGCUUCAACAUAUACGGAAGGUUUCAUAUAGUUUCUAUUAUUGAACUUAUUUCAUUGGAAAUGAUACAUUACCAUUAAGGUAAGCGAUAAAAAUCUUAUCAAUGGCUGAUGUAGAGGAAGGAUUUAAGGCACUUGGACUGUCAUCGUUGAUUCUUUUUACUUUCCUUGGGAAUUGUUUGGUACUCGCCGUGAUCUUUCGUCGUCUUCCCCAACUGUUAUCAAAACCUCUCUAUGUAUUUAUUUGUAAUAUCUGUGUGGCGGACGUGUUGUCUACUUUGUUCGUGAUGACAUUUGAAGUUUCCGAGGAGCUAACACACAAGUGGAUGUUUGGUGAAGUGGCUUGCAAAACCAUCGAGUAUUUGGAAAUAAGUUUGUUUGGAGUGAAUAUUUUCAGUCAUGUGUUCAUCGCCCUCGAGCGCUACCGUAGUGUCGUGCAACCUUUGAAACCCCAAAUGAAAUUAAAGACUGCAAAAAAAUUAGUUUUCUUUUCAUGGUGUUUUCCUUUUAUCAUCUGUUUGCCUUCUCUCUACAUGUUACAUUUGAAAGAGAAAAUAUGCACGUCUCGAUCGUUGCCAUGGUUGUGGUUAGACAAACUCGUCCUUACUGUUGGAUUGUUAACCAUGUUUUUGAUUCCCUGGUUCCUCAUCAUGUUCAUGUACAUGCGCAUUGUUAUUAAACUGUAUCAACGCAAAAAGCGAGCAGACGUGGUGCUGUCCCAACAAACAGGACAAACUUUUCAUAUUGCUGCGAUACACGGUUCCCGUGUAUCUGUCAUCGUUGCCACAGUAUUCCUUAUCUGUUGGAUGCCACUUAUCCUCGUAUACGGUGUGCGUUUGUUCAAAGAGGUUGAAAGUGUUUCUCGAACGAGUCGAAUUUAUGUUACAGCUCUUUAUUCGUCGUUCACGAGCGAACUUCUUACGCCAUUUAUAUAUUGUGCUUUUGAUCGAAAGAUAGGACCUGCUUUUUUCAACGCUCUGAAAUGUCGCCUCUCGGUUAUUUCCCCCCGUGAGCCAGAGCUUGAAGGGACAACACGCACACAAACACGGGUCAACAUUCAGACUUAGGUAAAUCAUUGUUUCAUAAGCUGUUGUAUACUUGAUGUAUCAGCUUUCGAGACCGCAUUAAGUGCUCUGACAUGUUUGAGAAAUUUGAUUGAUGAAGUCGUGAUUAUACAGCUCAGGAAAGAUGAUUAUGUUUGAGGAACUUUGUUGUGUGAGGAAUUAAAAAUCACAAAAAAUUUACUUUGAUAAACGAGUCUACAUCGUUGAAUUAUGAUUUAAAUUUUAAUAGUUUUAAAAACAUGAUUCCUGUUUCUAAGGCGUCAAUUGACAAAAAGUAGACAGAAAAAGAGCAAGCAACUGAAUAUUUUAUUUGGGCGAUUAUUAUUUGGACAUAAUCGAUACAAGUUUUGAUGUAGGAGAUAAUUGCUAACGGCCUUAUUUUUGAAAAGUUAAAGAUUUAUGAUAAACUUCUCAAAAAAUGAAUCAAAGUUGCGUGGAAAGCUCAUCUUAGAUUCGAGCAAAUCGAAAACCAGAAAAUGAUUUGCAAGAUUAAAAGAUAUCAAGAAAAGAAAAACCGACCCCACCAACUCGUUGUUUUUUUAAUUAUUUCUCUCAUUGUGAUGAAGCUUCAAUAUUUAGGCAGAUGUUCAAUAUUAGCGACGCAGCCUGCUUUAUAAUUGGAGAGGUGGAGCCUUGUAAUGUUCACAUAGGGCGAAAACAAUUCUUUUCAAAGGAAGAAAAUGACGAGUUUCAUGCUACAAACGAGAGAUAUCACUUAUUUCUCUUUUCGCAGCACGUGUGUACGCAUACAUUUUAUCUAGUUGUUCACCUCUGUAGUAGUAUAACUGUAAAGUAUGUUAUUUCAGCACUGAUGAGUAAUGUAGAUAAUGACAAUAUUAUCUGCCUAUAUAAAACAAUGGGUAAUGACAAGUUUCAAACAAACAGAGCAACUAAGAGUUGGCGUUGUCCAACCGGAGUUUUAAGUUUGGCUCCCAAUACGAGACAAUCAAUUUAUCAAAUUUUAUCAGUGACCUGUCGAUGUAGCGUCUAUCCCUAUGUAUGUAGAGUCCAUUUAGUAGGAAGUAUUACUUUCUUGAAUUGCAAUAAAGGCAAAAAUCAAA